CAGGUCAAACGACAUCCUCUAACGACCUAAUUCAGCAUCAAGUUCACGAUCUAAACUCCAGGACACUUUAAAUCAGACUCCAAGACACAGGCCAGGACUGCCAUACAAAGAGAAGCAUAAACGGGAGCUAGUCCGGUCGUUUAAGUUCAAAUUAAAAGACAUCCUCCCACAACCUAAUUCCACAUCACUUCUCAGAUCUAUGAUCCAUGAUACUCCAGACCAGACCACGGAAUAUCGGCGACAAUUGCCAUACAUCGAUAACUGCUAUACAUCAAGAAGCACAAACGGGCGCCAGUCCGCCAUCAAGAAGCCCAGGAAAUAUAGUUCAAGUCACGUCCCUAAUCCAGCUUAUUUGCGCCCUUCACCCACCCUUCCAUCCACACCUCCUUCGCCGCGCCUCCCUCAUACCUCCCUCAUAUUCUCCCCCCCCCCUCAUACCGCUCUCGAAACACCGCUCUCUCUCUCCCUCGCCUCACGCCUGCAUCUGCGUCUGACUAUCACACACUAGUCUCACAUCUCCUGCGAAAUCUCCACAUCCGCCGAGAUAAAGGUGCCGUCCCCGAUUGGGGCAUCAAAUCGGCGCGUAUGUACAAGAGAUAGUGCCAGAUGAGAAAGUAAGGGGAGUGUGUUCGGCGAGCCGCCCAGCUCAGCAGUUCAUCACGCCGCUGUGACGCGGGUCGCAGAAGCCGUCGUCGGUGGCGUGGCACACGGGCGCCAAGCGGGCGCUUCGCGAUGCCGUGUGGCGAUGCGCAUAGUGUUGGAGUUGGUGAUUGGGGAAGCGAGAUGUGAGCGGGAGAGAGGGGGUUUAUGCGAUUG